AGGGCUGGUGCCGCGAAGAUGGCCGCUCAGAGAGUAUUCCCACUUUCCUGUGUGGUGCAGCAGUAUGCCUGGGGGAAGAUGGGCUCCAACAGUGAAGUGGCUCGGCUGCUGGCUAGCAGUGACCCACUGGCCCAGAUCUCAGAGGACAAACCAUAUGCAGAGCUGUGGAUGGGGACCCACCCCCGGGGAGAUGCCAAGAUCCUUGACAACAGCAUCUUGCAGAAGACCCUAGGCCAGUGGAUUGCUGAGAACCAGGACUGCCUGGGUUCGAAGGUCAAGGACACCUUUAAUGGCAAGCUGCCCUUUCUCUUCAAAGUGCUCUCAGUCGAAACAGCCCUGUCUAUCCAGGCACACCCUAACAAGGAGCUGGCAGAGAAGCUGCACCUCCAGGCUCCACAGCACUACCCCGAUGCCAACCAUAAGCCAGAGAUGGCCAUUGCCCUCACCCCCUUCCAGGGCUUAUGUGGCUUCCGGCCAGUUGAGGAGAUUGUGACCUUUCUGACAAAGGUGCCCGAGUUCCAGUUUCUAAUUGGAGAUAAUGCAGCAACACAGCUGAAGCAGAGCCUGAGCCGUGACUCCCAGGCUGUGGCCUCUGCUCUGCAGAGCUGUUUCUCCCACCUGAUGAAGAGUGAGAAGAAGGUAGUGGUGGAGCAGCUCAACCUGUUGGUGAAGCGGAUCUCCCAGCAAGUGGCUGCUGGAAACAACAUGGAGGACAUCUAUGGGGAACUCUUGCUGCAGCUGCACCAGCAGUACCCAGGUGAUAUCGGAUGCUUUGCCAUCUACUUCCUGAACCUGCUUACCCUGAAGCCGGGGGAGGCCAUGUUUCUGGAGGCCAACGUGCCCCAUGCCUACCUGAAAGGAGACUGCGUGGAGUGCAUGGCAUGUUCGGACAACACGGUGCGUGCUGGCCUGACACCCAAGUUCAUCGAUGUGCCAACUUUGUGUGAAAUGCUCAGCUAUAUCCCCAGCCAGGACAGGCUCUUUCCUCCAGCAUGGAGUCAGGAAGACCCCUACCUCUCUAUCUAUGAUCCUCCUGUGCCAGACUUCACCGUUAUGAAGAUGGAGGUGCCUGGCUCCGUCACUGAAUAUAGGGUCUUGGCACUGGACUCUGCAAGUAUCCUCCUGAUGGUGCAGGGGACAGUCACAGCCAGCACCCGCACAGCUCAGGCCACAAUCUCCCUGAAGCGUGGAGGGGUGCUCUUCAUUGGGGCCAAUGAGAGUGUCUCACUGAAGCUCACGCUGCCUGAGGACCUGCUGAUGUUCCGUGCCUGCUGCCUGCUGUAGAGGCCACAGCCUUCCUGGCUCUUCUCUGCCAGUCACCCUACAUCCUGGCCAGCCUCACCUCCUCAGGCCCAGCCCAAAUCCCUUCAGGCCCAGCCCAAAUCCCUUCCCUGUUCCGGGCUCUUUGGGUAUACCCUGAAAGAGCUGGGGUAGAAGAGCUUGAAGUCAGUGACUCCUGAGCAGGCCUAGGCUGAACCAUCUUCUUCCUGGUAGGAGGGGCCCACGUGAGAACUGAGGGCUGAUACUCCCCUUGUAUUCUUGCCACCCUUGAGCCAGGCUCUCCUCAAUACACGAAGCUGCAGCUGUUCCAGCCUAUAGCAUUAGGCAGGGUGGUGAAAUCUAUGAUUAGCUCAGUAUCAGUCACGGCAAGAUAGGUAAUUAAUUUGGGAGUACAGGGUUCUGGCCCCGGGACUGCCCAUUUCCUCAGUGCAGAGAAGGAGGGAAAAGGGUAGGCCUGUGGACUAGUGUUGCUGUGUCAAAGCAAUUAAAGAUCACCUGUGUUGAGGCCUGUGGGCUAAAGAGCA